GACGUGGUCAUUGUGUCUGCGAUGAGGAUCAUGAUACUUCUGGUAUUGAUGUGUGGAUUUGCCUCCCUGGUCGAGGGCUCGGUCAAGCUAAGUCCCGCGGCAUCCGGUUUAUCUCUUUCAUAUCCAUUGGGCUGUACCGGUGCUCACAAGCCGGCCUCUGAACCGUUCUGUGUUGUAGGCACUGCGGCCCUAUCAGAUGUGUUAGAGCUGACUCUAUCCGUCAAUAUCUUCGAUGUUGACGAUCCCACCAAGUCUGUAUAUUUCCACAUCGAAUUGGCCACCCGUGGUACGGAGCCGGCCGGCCUCAAUAUCACGGGUGGAGGCAGCGCUAAAGUAGUGGAAGAGGAGAAGCUCUUUGGAGCCGUUGUCUUCGCUGUGAUUAUAAGCGCUGAUACUGUAGGAGAUGGGAGAGGGAAGUACGACCCUGCAACCAAUAGAUGGACUGCUGACAUCGAAGUACAUGCAGAUGCCCAAGCCGAUAUUUUCGGAGCUGAUGCCAUUGAUCUGCCCAUCUCCAAGGUGGUCACGGCCCGUAAUGGUCCAAAUUACGACAUCGGGUUCGAUGCCCUGUUCAAAGAAACUACUGGAGACUCUGAUGCUGCAGGCAUAUCUAUCGCCUUCGAUCUCUCGCUGAAUACCAAGGAGAGCAACCUGUUCUUCUGGGAACUCGUUGGCGAGGGUCAAUUGCAUAUUUGGCUGGAUCCCUUCAUCGAUUUAACGCCCACUGUCGAGGUCGUUAAGAAGGAGUUCAAACUCUCCACAUGAGGUCCACAUCAACUGCUGGCAUUUACAAAUCCUGUGCGUGAACACGUAAGUUGUUUCAGUUCUGAUUGUGGCUUACCGUCGUUUACAUACCAAGAACCGCCUUACAUUUGCCGAUUUGACGAGCUCAGCGCGUCAGGUCAAACUAUCUUAUAAGCUGUCUUGAUCUUGACACAGAACAUUUCAAACUCC